AUGAAAGCUUCAGCAAGAUUAUUUAUAGAAAUUGCAUUGAUUGCAGCAUCAGGAAUCUUGAUAAAUGCCCAUGACAAUGAAAAGAAGGUAGAUCUAACCGAGAUGUACAAAAACCCUUUAUCAAAUGGUUUUGGUGAUGAUAUUGACUGGAUACCUUGGGAAAAUGCAGUGGAAACAGCUUUGGAAAGGAAUAAACCUGUCUUUCUUUUAAUCCAUAAGACAUGGUGUCACGCGUGCAAAUCUCUAAAGAAAGUAAUGCAACAGUCAAAUGCAAGAAAAGCAUUCAAAAAACUUAGUGAAUAUUUUGUUAUGGUAAAUACUGCAGAUGAUGAUGAACCCUACGAAGAGGAGUACAGACCUGAUGGAAAAUAUGUUCCGAGAAUUCUAUUCUUAGGUAUUAAUUAA